AUGCCCGAUGAUGCCAUCCCAGAGCCCAUCGUCGAGGAACCCGAAUCGCCUCCCAGCUCCCCUACUGUGCGAGCUAUAAACCUGAUUGAGUAUAAUGUCGAGGUAUUGUCUGAUGCGUCGUCAACCGAGGACGAAGAGGAGCCACCUGAGAUUGAGGAGAUUGUUGGCCUUGACACGGUCAGGAGCCCCAGAGUCUCACUGACCGACCUCGAUGGGCCCGAAUCCGAGAAGACCUGGGCAUAG